UCACUCAAUUCCACACACAGAGGAACGGGGAAGGCGACAAGCCCGGGCUCCGCCCAUGUCUGCUCUGCCGACGCCUCACCCUCUCCCACUCGCCACCAACGCCUCGUCCCCCGCCGCCGCCCGCCCCGCCGUCAUACUUCCGGGACUCGGGAACAACACCGCCGACUACAAAUUCCUCACCUUGGUGCUGAGGGAGGCGUACGGCAUCCCUUCCGUGGUCGCCAAGGUAUCUCGCGUCGAUUGGCUCCGCAAUGCCGCCGGAUUGCUCAGCCCUAACUACUGGAGGGGCAGUCUCUGCCCUCGCCCCGUCCUAGAUUGGUACCUCGAAAGAGUCGACGAGGCCGUCACUGAGGCGAAUGAGCUAUUGGCAGACGGUGGGAAAAUUUCACUUAUUGGUCAUUCUGCAGGCGGAUGGCUUGGCCGUCUGUACUUCGAAGAAUUUGGGACGUCUAACAUAUCUCUGCUGCUAACUCUUGGAACGCCUCACUUGCCACCACCAAAAGGUUUACCAGGUGUCAUCGAUCAAACUAGAGGUCUGCUGGAUUAUGUUAACAAGAAUUGUGCACCAGCUGUUUAUACGCCCGAACUUAAAUACGUAUGUAUUGCUGGAAGGUACAUUGAAGGUGCUCGUUUGAUUGGCACAUCUAAUGGUGCUUCUCAUAAUAAAAUUUCUACUGGUGAAGAUAAUAGCAAGGCAGAGUCAAUUACAGAUAAUGGCAAUGGAAAGCUUCCGCCGGCAGCACCUAGUUUGCGUGCUCGGUUGAUUGGCCAAGGCUAUAAACAGGUUUGUGGGAAAGCAGAAGUUUGGGGAGAUGGUGUGGUUCCUGAAGUGUCUGCUCAUCUUGAAGGUGCACUAAAUAUAAGCUUAGAUGGUGUUUAUCACUCUCCAUUUGGUUCUGAUGAUACACUAAGACCUUGGUAUGGUUCUCCAUCUGUCCUGGAAAAGUGGGUUCAUCAUCUCACUUAGUUGGAAUUCUAAAUCUAGUGUAAUAUAUAUAAUUUUAGUAAAUAUCGAAAAGUGUUACUAAUGCUUGAGCCCUCAGUACUCAGUAGACAAAUUUGAGCUAGUGUAGGAGCAUCAGCAUCCACAAUCUGCUUCGUAUUGGUUUUAGGUACUACCUAUCCAAACCUGUAAACAUUGUAAGUUCUCAAAAAUAGAAUGGAUUGAAAACCACAGGAAAACCACUCAAUUACACGUAGUCUGCAAUGCCCCAUUCAAGUAGAAACAGCUAACUGCUGAAUGUAAUUUUAGCUUCAGACUUUGCUUGACAGUUAUGGCCAUCUAAACUCUGCACUGUUAGCCAGUUUGUCUCAUCUUGCUUAAUGAAUAUGGAGUGGACAUCUCUGUUUAUUCGU